AUGACCGAACAACCUCUUACUACAAAUGCUUUGCCAUCACGACUUCAACGAAAUGGAAGAAAUAGCAUUAAUUCCAAAACUUUUACAAGUCAACUUACCGAAGAGAAUUUAAAGCUUCACACCACAUUGGGACCAUCAGCAAGAGAAACAAAAACGCAUUUAGUAUUGGUAUAUGUGGACCUUCAAAAACAGUUGGUAGCCCUUGAAACACAAAUGCGGAUGGAAACAAAAGCUGCUCAGGAAAAAUUUGCUUUAUCUCUACCUAAAGAUACUCCAUCUGUUAUACCAGAAGUCAUACAUAUACCGAUAAAUAAACCUACUUCUACUCCAUUAUCAUCUCCACCUCCCAUUGAAGACAAUGAUUUAUCAGAAUCCUGCAAUAUUUAUUCUGCAUCUGCACCAACAUCACCAACAUCACCAACACUAAAAUCGCUAAUAAAAAACAUGAAAGGUUCACAUCGCAUAAAAUCAUUAUUUAAAAAUACAUCGAAGCCAAUAAAUGAUUUGACUGAUAAUAAAGCUGAAAUUUCUCCUAUCAGGACUUCUUUCUCAUCAUAUUUUGAGAGAGAUAACACAUCUCUCAAAGUGGAACCAUCUUCACCUCCAUCACUUUCACAAUCAUCUCAAAGAUCAAAAUCUUUAAGAAGAUCUAAAACAACUUUAAAAAGAAUUUUCAUUUCAAAACCUACUUGUAACAGAGCGAAUAGCGCUGAUACUAUGAAUACGAUGAAUACGUUAACACACAAUAAUUUUACCUCACCUCCCCAUAAUAUCAAUGCAUUUAGUCCUACACUACAUUCCCCUUCUACUCCUUCCACACCAAUGUCUCCUAAUUGUUCUACUCACUUGAAUAAUGAAAUUAAAUUAGACUCAAAAUCUGCAAUUAAUAAUGAAAGAUGUGAAAAUAUACAAGAGAAUCGUGACAGUGGAAUUGCUUUGGUUUCCCCAGGUGGUAGAUCAAAUCAUUCACGAGAACAUUCUUUUUCAACUCUAUUACGUAAGAUUGAUCCAUUUAACAACUUUCAAAAAGAUGGUGAACGGAAGGAUAAAACUAAGGGUCCGAUUUAUUCUACAAUUGUUAAAUCUAAGGAAUAUGAGCAACAGCAAGAAUUAUUGGCUUUUCGUUAUCCAAGUUUAAAAAACAUUAAAUACUCCAAUAUUAAUAAUAUCUUUGACGGAAUAUUUGAUCGAAAUAAUUGUCUUGGAAAUGAAGAUUUAUGUAUGAUUGAAGAUUCCGUAGUAAAACAAAAAUGCAAAGUUAAGUUCAAUACAGAUGAUAUGCAGGCAUCAUCAUUGGAUGAAGGCAAAAAGACUUGUUCACUAGAAAAUUCAGCUGUGACUCUUGUUUCCAGGGAUAUCAUGUUAACUACUUCUGAGUUACAUAACAAAUAA